AUGACCGACACUCCACGAUCCGAGAAGUCCCAGACGAGGUACAGCACCCCGGUGUCUGACCUCGAUGACCACCGUCACCAACCGGCAUCGAUGCCCAGGGCCGACGCCUCCCCAACCCGCUCGCGCAGGCCAACUUUUGCGAGUAUUCAGGGCAUUCCUGAGCGCCUUACGUCUCUAGACCUUGUCAAUGAAGCCCUCGAGGCGCACAAUGUUACUGCGCGCGACUUCGAAACAGCCGUCGUGGAUGACGACGAGAUGCAUCUGUCCCCCGACGGUGCAUACGCUAGGCGUGGCUCGCUGGCUCACAGCCCCGUUGCCCGCCGUGAUACCUUCCGGCGGCCUCGAGACCCAGCUGUUGAACGUCUGAGGCGCUCCAGAGCGUCUUCCACAACGUCGCGAUCUACGUCUCCGCCCAAUUCCGUAGAUGCCUUUGCCGAUGUUCGACCGCGACGCCGUGCCGGAACUGUCAACAGUCGUCCACCGUCUGUCGCCGAGAUUGAGGCAGAGCUCCAGAGGACGAUCUCUGGCGGUACACGCCGCCGCCCGACCAUCAGCGAUGAGCGCCCCGAGAUUCAUCGCGCUGAUACUGCUUCGACGCACAGCUCUGCCGAGGAAGACGUGUGCUUCCCAGUACAAGAAGACACCGGCAAGACAACCCGGUUCGACUAUGAGGAAUUGGAGGAGUUCGUGGUUGAAAAUCAAACCAAGACGCCUAUCGCCAAUCUACACCGCAAGCCAAGCGUGGAGUCUCGCCUCUCCAGCAAGAAGCCCCGGGUCUUCAACGACCUGCGCCCAAAGUCUGGACAUUCCACUCCUGCCAAGGUGGAUUCGGAUGCCAUGACAAUCAAAGAAGGUGUCGACCCCGCGGUUCAGGAGAAGCUUGCCGAGGAAGGUCUGGCUCACAUGUUCACCUGCGAAAAGACCGCCAGCCAACCGGAGAUGCCUCUCAACCGUUGGACCUUUUUCUCAUCUGAGCUCGAUGAUACCAUCCACGCUGCUGAACUAGGUGGCCUCUUGAUGCCCGGUGAACGCUUCCGCGAUCUCUUUGAGCCACCCGCGGAGUCAGGUGUCUGGUGGUUGGACAUGGUGAACCCGACGGAAGAAGAGGUAUUUGCGAUUUGCAAGGCUUUCGGAGUUCAUCCCCUCACCCGCGAGGAUAUCGCAAUCCAGGAGCCUCGCGAGAAAGUGGAGCUGUUCCACCAGUACUACUUUGUCUGUUUCCGCUCGUUCUACCAGACAGACAAGGACUCGGAGGACUACCUCGAGCCCAUCAACUUCUACGCUGUAGUCUUCAAGGAGGGCAUUCUAUCUUUCACGUUCACUGAGAGCCCUCACGCGCUUAACGUUCGUAAGCGUAUCAGUCGACUUCGGGACUACAUUAACCUCAAUGCCGAUUGGAUCUGCUACGCCCUCAUUGACGACAUUGUUGACAGCUUCGCGCCCGUACUCCGAAGUAUCGAACAAGAGACCGACACAAUCGAAGACCAAGUGUUCAUCGCGCGCAUCGAGGACUCCCGCGAAAUCCUGCGCGCCAUCGGUGACUGCCGCAAGAAAGUCAUGCAACUGCUCCGUCUUUUAGGCGGUAAAGCAGAUGUUAUCAAGGGCUUUGCCAAGCGCUGCAACGAAUCUUACAGUGUAGCGCCCCGCGGAGACGUUGGGCUCUAUCUGAGCGAUAUACAGGAUCACGUCGUCACUAUGAUGUCCAACUUGGGCCACUUCGAAAAGAUGCUGAGCAGGUCCCACUCUAACUACCUCGCGCAGAUCUCGGUCGACCAGGUCAUCCAGGGCAACCAGUCCAACGAGACGCUCGGCAAGGUCACAGUCAUCGCAACUAUUCUCGUCCCAUUGAACCUGAUCUGCGGUCUUUUCGGCAUGAACGUCAAGGUGCCUGGGCAGGACGGAAGCAUUGCUUGGUUCUUCGGCAUUCUUGGGACUAUCGUCUUGUUCGUUGCUACGUGCUUGGGCGUUGCGAAGCGCAUGAGGUACAUCUGA